GUCGUCGGUGCACACACACGUCGUUCGCGGUGUCCGGCGACGAAAUAAUACGUCCUGUUUUUUAAAUGAUGUGGAAAGGGUGACCUGAUAAGUGCAAAAGCAUUGUUAUCCUCCAGGGAGGGACUGUAUUACCUACAUUUUAAAAUAGUCAUUUAUUUUGUUGCAGGUUGAAAUUACAAAGCAAAUUAAUUUAACCAACAAAAUGACGUCUAGUCCAUCAGGCGGUCCCAGACUAAAUAUGCGGAUAAACCAGGCUAUCUACGAGCAUUCGCCACGCAAGUUGAAGCGGUCCGUCUGGUACGAUUAUACCGUUAUGACGAUUAAGACAUUGGGUCUAGUGUUAUUCUAUUACUGUUGGUCAAUUAGCCUUACCUUUUACAAUAAAUGGAUAUUUACGGAGUUUCACUUUCCAUUGACCCUGACAAUCAUUCAUUUUUUCAUCAAGUUUCUUAUUUCUAUUCCUGUACGAGCUUGUUUGGGCAAAGCAGGAGGCCCUCAGCCUGUCACGUUGGAUUGGGGUACAUAUGUCAGGAAUGUUGCUCCAACUGCUGUGGCUAGUUCGUUAGAUAUUGGCCUUUCCAACUGGAGCUUAGUAUUCAUAACUAUAUCACUGUACACAAUGUCAAAGUCUUCCUGUAUUGUAUUUCUACUUUUAUUUGCGAUAUUGUUUCGCCUUGAAAAACCGAAAUUGGUGCAAGGUGUUAUCAUAUUAUUUAUAGCUGUUGGUCUUUUUAUGUUCACCUACCAUUCAACUCAAUUCAAUUUAGAAGGUUUCAUCCUAGUAAUGAUAGCGUCUUUCAUCGGUGGUGUACGCUGGUCUUUAGCUCAAUUACUAACGCAAAAUAAAAAAAUUGGUUUAGUUAAUCCAGUUGAUACCAUAUAUCACCUUCAGCCAAUCAUGAUUAUAGCUUUAUUACCAAUUGCAGUAGCAACAGAAGGGUUGAAGGUAGUAUCCACUAAACAAUUUCUAGCUUAUACUGAUAUUGCUGAGUUUACAUCAAUGGGCUUUAAGAUCUGUCUUGGUGCUGUUCUGGCAUUCUUUUUAGCCUGCUCAGAAUACUUACUGGUUUCCAUGACGUCUUCCCUCACACUCUCCAUCUCAGGUAUAUUCAAGGAAGUCUGUACAUUAACUUUAGCUGUCCAUUUCCAUGGUGAUGUUUUGUCCACUCUUAAUAAAUUUGGAAUGGUUGUGUGCUUGAUGGGUAUUGUUGUACAUGUAGGAAUGAAGGCAAGAGCUUCGAAAGGGGAGAAGAAACCAAAGCUGUACACAGAUGAGAGAAAUGGUGAAGCAGUCCAAAUGCUACUUAGGGAAGGCGACCCAAAUGACAGUGCUAGUGACGAAGAUGAGAUAUUCACCCGCAAUAUGGAUAAUUGCCAUCGAGAAUAACCAGCAGGUUCAGAAUAGAGCAAGGAUUCUUAGAGGAAAGGUCCAUUUUUUCUGGACAUUAGAAUGCCAGAGGAAUCCCCUCCCCCCAUUAGGAUUUGGCCUUCAGGGAUGGGUGGGGAUCACCUUAAUACGGCACCAACAAGCAAAGAAAUCUGUAUCAUGUUGGACUGAGGUAACAUCUGAAGGCGGCCCUGUAUACUGUAGUUUCAUCUCAAUGAUUGUGGGAAACCGUAGUACAGUACUGCUAUAGCCUUAAAAUACGAAAUCUUGAUAUGUGUUUAUUAAAUGUAAUAUUAUGUUGAAGUAUCUCCCGCAUUAUUAAUUAUAUGUUAUAUUUUAUUGUAUGUAUAUGAGGUUGUAGAAUACAUGCAGUUAUUGUACUAUAUUCUCUUUCUAAAUAUACUUGUGCUAUAUAUCUUAUAUGAACAUAAACUUGAAAGCAGUUAUAUAUUUUUAAAUAUGUAAAUAUUUGUCUAGACAAGAUUAAAAUAUUUAGGGAUAAACAAAUUUGAAGCAAAUUGUGAUGAUUACAAAUUUAUAUGUGGACUAAAAGAGUUGCAUUGUAUUUGGGGAUUAUUGGCAGUGGUGUAUUUAUGAUUCUUAAAAUGGGGGGUGGGGUGAAGUGGGGGUCAUGAAUGAUUAAUUGAAGGGGCACAAAAUAAAGUGAUACGAAAAUGCUUUUGCUUCAAACAUUGUCAAUGGGUGGGUGACUGGAGAGAGGGAGGGCAUGAGUUUAAGAGGGUGGGUGUAUCCCUCUCAACCCCUUAGAUAUGGACUAUUAAAAUAGUUGUAUUUGGGGAUUAUUGGUACGGUGCUAUUGCAUGAUAGCCCUGUGCAAUAGCUGGUUCAUUCCCUUUUUGUGAAAAUGUUAAAAGAUGAAGUUCUGAUUGAAUCUAAAGGGAGAUUAUGUUUACUUUUACUUAUGUCUAUCUAUCUAGGAAUAGACUUUUUAAAAUAUAUUUUGGAUAUUGAAGAAAAUUGUUUUAAUAAAUACAUUUUAUUGUGGUAACAAUUAA